AUGUCGAAUUCUAUCCUCACUGGCCUCGGCCCAUUCCACAAGAGGACCGGCAGUUUUUCUUCGCAGCAAGAUCAGAGCCAAAGCGACGUCCCUGACUCCCCAAGCAAUUCGGCGUUGCCUCUCUACGGUGGUAGCCAGCUUUCGUCGUCGGUGCAGUCUACCCACGGCUUUCGCGAGCCCAUCAGGUCCUUUAUCCAGGGCACAAUACGCGACGUCGCACCGGUCGACAGUCUUCAGAACGCGAGAUCCGUCCGUGAGGACACCGCAGAGCUCGCUGAUUACCUCCUAUCCAACGGGUCUUCACAGCGCCGACAAGCCCUCCUGCAGCGCUCACGGGCUUCUAUCCACGAUGUAUUCAGCGCCGAAUCGGAUGUUGUGUCCACUGAUGAUAACAUCAUCACCACAGACACUAUUCCAGAGGUGUCCGAACCUGAAUCCCCUCCAGAAGAUGCCGAUGGGCCACUGCCUGACGAUGGCCCUUCUGUUCUCGCAAACAUGCUGAGGCGUUCGCCGCCUCAGUCGGGAGUAAUAACCACCGAAAGCACUCAGACACGCCAUGUCACCAUUGCAAAGGCCGAUCUACCAACCACAACCCAAUCACACGUUAUCGAAGAGGAGGAGGACCACGUCGACAUUUUCCCUAACGAGAGAACCUCUCUCCUACAUGGGUCAUCAUAUGAUAGACGCGCUCACGAUUUAGAAGGACAAAAGAAGCCUCGCAAGACGUUCUUCCGCAGGGUUGCAGACAACGGAAAACGCCUCGAAUCCAACGUUUCGUAUGCGGCAGCUGUUGUUUUCAACCCUCGCCGCUGGGACCACAGAAUCAUCUGGCAGAAUGCAGUUGUUGACCCUGUUUCUUGUCUCCCAGCCGUUGCUGUCGGUUUGCUACUCAAUAUCCUGGAUGCUCUCUCAUACGGCAUGAUCUUGUUUCCCCUUGGUAACCCCAUCUUUGCGAACUUGGGCUCCGCCGGUAUAUCUAUUUACUACGUCAGCACCAUUGUUGCACAGGUCAUCUUCUCCACUGGCAGUAUUUUCAAAGGUGCUGUCGGUUCAGAGCUGAUCGAGGUCGUGCCAUUUUUCCACAACAUGGCAGCUAAGAUUGUUGACAUUGUAGGACAAGAUAACCCUGAAGAAGUCAUCGCUACCACAAUCGUCGCCUACGCCUGCAGCUCAAUGAUGACGGGACUAGUCUUCUACUUAAUGGGCAAAUUCAAAUUUGGCUACAUGGUUGGCUUCAUCCCUCGACAUAUUCUCAUUGGAUGUAUCGGAGGUGUAGGCUGGUUCCUGGUUGCGACUGGCUUCGAGGUCUCUGCGCGACUAGAUGGCAACUUGGAAUACAACUUGGAUACAUGGAACCAACUAACUUCGCCUGACAAGCUGUUGCUUUGGAUCUUCCCCUUUGUUCUAUCCAUAGUACUCUUCUACGGACAGGCAAAAGUUGCGUCCAAGUACUUCCUGCCACUUUUUAUCCUGGCUAUUCCGCUCGUUUUCUACAUUCUGGUCUUCUCUGUGGAUGCAUUGGAUACCGAUCAUCUUAGAUCAGACGGGUGGAUAUUCGAAGGGCCACCUCCAGGCGAGCCGUGGUGGUUCUUCUACACCCUCUACCAAUUCCAACUUGUUCACUGGGACGCCAUUAUUGAGGUUAUUCCAGCAAUGAUGGCACUUACCUUCUUUGGCAUUUUGCAUGUGCCAAUCAACGUGCCUGCAUUGGCUCUACAAACUGGAGAGGAUAAUGCCAAUCUCGACAAAGAACUCAAGCUUCACGGCUAUUCCAACUUCUUCUCGGGUUGCAUUGGAAGUAUUCAGAACUAUCUUGUAUACGCAAACACAGUGUUUGUGAUCCGAUCGGGCGGAAACCGCCGCCUCGCAGGCUACAUGCUCGCUGCCGCCACUUUUGUCGUCAUGAUGAUUGGCCCUUCGAUCAUUGGGUUCAUUCCAAUCAUGAUGGUUGGAACUCUUAUUUUCGACUUGGGCUGGGAACUGCUCAUGGAAGCCAUCUGGUUGCCUCGCAAAAAGCUCAAGACUGUAGAGUACCUCACCGUCAUCAUUAUUGUUCUGGUUAUGGGAAUGUAUGAUUUCGUGGUUGGUAUCGGUGUUGGUAUUCUCCUCGCUUUCAUCACUUUGGUCGUCCAAACGUCUAGAGUUUCUGCAAUUCGAGGCUGCUUUGACGGAGAUAUUGUGACGUCGACUGUUCGCCGCAACCCUUCUCAACACACCUAUUUGCAUCAGGUUGGACAGCAAAUCUAUAUCAUGAAGCUCACGGGAUACCUCUUCUUUGGUACCAUUGUCAGUGUCGAAGAAAAGAUCCGCGGACUUCUUGAAGAUGAAUGCUUCGCGGAGAAGCCAAUUAAGUUCCUUAUUUUGGAUCUCUGGCAUGUCAGUGAUUUGGAUUACUCUGCAGGCGAGGCUUUCAAUACUAUCAGCCGUAUCUUGGACAAGAAGGGCGUUGUAUUGGUGCUCAGCGGUGUUGACGCAGACGGUCAACUGGGACGCAACUUGCGAGCAGUUGGCAUUGGUGGCGGAGGCAUUGAGGUUAUCAUGCUCCCUAACCUUAACUCGGCGCUCGAGAGCUGUGAGAAUGAGCUGCUCAAGACACUAUAUCUACGACAGGAAGAGAUCAACGAGAACCGCCGCCUCUCAACAGCGAACCUCGAUGUGCCAAGCUCAUCGAGCGCCAAGUUUUCUUCUUUCGACGCGCCGUUCAACUCUCCAAGACAAAGUCACCUUGUCGAAGCGGCUCAUCAUGCGCUCAGCUCAGCUGAAGUUCAAAGACCGCUGAAAUGGCAAAGCUUCAGUGAACCGCUGCGCCUAAUGCUCCAAAUUUUCCAGGGUCUGAGCGACAGAAACGAAGACUUUUGGUUCGAGGCGAUCCCUUACUUCGCACGGAAGGAGUAUGCCGCUGGCACUAUACUCUACCAGAGAGGCGAGAUCGCAAACGGCUUCUAUCUCCUUGAACGGGGUAUACUGAGGGCGGAAUAUGACCUACCUCAGGGCUGGCUUUGUGAGAGCAUCGUCGCAGGGACAACCUGUGGUGAGCUUCCGUUUUUCUCGGAGACGGAACGCACAGCCACUGCACAGGUAGAACGGGACUGUGUAGUUUGGCUUAUGGAUCGGGAGGGAUGGGAGAAGCUUCAGAAGGAGAAGCCGGAGAUUGCUCGGGAGCUAUUGAGAAUCUCUUUGAAGCUUACGAGUGAGAGGAUGAGUUCUAUUACAUCCUACAUACUGACCAUGGCCGGUUAG